UAUAUUAUAUUAUGAAUUAUUUUUAUUAAAAUAUUAAGCUCACGAAGCAUCCUGUUAAAAAAACAAAUUAUACUUUGCCGCCUAUGACAACAGUUUAUCUUAUCGUGUACGUGUUUAAUAUAUAAGCGCGUCUACUGUCAUUUGUACCAUUUAUUUUCGGAUAUUCGUAUUGUUAACAUAAUUAAUAACGCGCAAUAAUUAUGUUGGGGUAUACGUCGCUAAUGUUUUUAUAUAUAACAAUGUGUGGUAUCGCGUUGGAUACCACAUCUUCAGUAUCUUCAGUAUCUUCAGUUGCAUCAACUGACACAACAAUCAACUUACCGUCAGAUAAAUUAAUAAAAAAAUAAUUGCAAUAUUUUGUUUUCACUGUUUGUUGAAAGUGAGAUGUUAAAGAAAUAUUUAUUACAUCAGCAGAUAUAUGCUGUUUUUCUUCUUAAAUAUAAAAUUGUGAAAAAAUAUCUUUUAUCUUAAUUUCUUUUACAUUAAAUAUUUCAUUAAUAAUAAAAUAAUAAAUAAUUGUUAUGAAAAGAAGAAUGCCAAUUUGCGAAAUUGUAGAUACUUCUACAGGUUCAGGCAAAUUAUUACCAGGCUUGAAUAGAAACUUGACUCCAGCACAGCAAAUUAUUUAUAUUUACGGGCCGAAUCAAUGGAAAACGCAAAAUAAUGUCGAUCUUAUAGAAAAAGCAGGCAACGAUUAUCUUAUUACACCUGGCAUAGCUGCUCAUAAACUUCAUAUUCGCAAGUUGACAUGGAACAAGGCUCGUAAAGCUUGCAUUCAAGAAGGGGGUCAUUUGGCUAUCAUCAAUUCUAACUCGGAAGAAAAAAUAUUAAUACGUAUUUUGGAAGAAAAUAAAGCAUCUGAAGCAUGGCUUGGUAUACACGAGUUUUACGAAGAGGGCGGUUGGAACACGAUUAUGGACGAAAGCUUGGAAGCUACAGGUUAUUCAAAGUGGACUAAGAUGUACAGAGAGGACGUCAAAGUGCCUGACGAUAACGACGGGUCACAGCAUUGCGGAUCCUUAGUGGUUAAUGGUGGAUUGGAUAAUCGCGACUGCAACGAUGUAUACGCCUUUUUCUGCGAGAUUACCUUCUGAAUCACAGCGAAACUCCGUAAAUUAUGAACGCGAGAUUGUAAUCGGACACUCCAAUGGUGCGCGAUUUAUCAAAGGUUAUAAUUAAAUGAGACGAUUUAAAAGUGCAUUAUUAAAAUGGAAUUAAUAACGUUAGUAACAACGCAAGUAUGCGUUAUUGUAAUUAAAUGGGGUCAGUAGAUUCAUGUUGCGAUAAAAGAAAUUAACUCGAAAGAUUAAUUUUUAUAAUGAUGAAGAUUUAAGUGUGUAUGCAGAUUUAAUGAUUAUUUUUAGAAAUAUUGAAUGAUAACAUGAAAUACGUAUAAAAUAUAAAAAAAAUAGUGUAAGAUUUUAUACGUAUUUCAUGUUCAAUAUUUCUAAAAAUAAUCAUUAAAUCUUUAUACACAAUUAAAUCUUCGUCUCAUUAUAAAAAUAAAUCUUUCGAGCUAAUUUCUUUUAUCGCAACAUUGAUCUACUGAUCUAUUGAAAAACUAACAUAAGAGAUAAGUUAUUAUUUUCAUCAAAUAUAUGAAAUAAAAAUGUAAACAA